AUGGGCCAACUAUCCCAAAGGGAGGUUGAUAUCUUAAUCAUCAUCGAGCGUACCACGGCAUCGAUAUCGGUGUUGGGAACACUUGCUCUGUUUGCUACGUUCAUCUUUUUCAAAUCGUUCAGAACAUUGUCAAAUACAAUCAUCUUUUACGCAUCUUUUGCAAAUCUAUUUGCCAACGUUGCUGCGCUUAUUGGAGGUUCCGCGCUAUCACAAGUUAACUCGCCGCUAUGUCAAUUUCAAGGUUUCUUGUUGGAGAUGUUCAUGCAAAGCGAUCCGUGGUGGAGUUUAGCAAUGGCUACAAAUGUCUACCUUGUCUUCUUCUACCGAUUUGAUGCUGCUCAACUGAAGAAAUUAUAUCCUUAUUAUGCAUUGAUAUGCUAUGGCCUCCCCUUCAUUCCAGCGAUGGUCUGUCUAUUUGUCAAAAACAAUGAGAAAGGAAAGAUCUAUGGAAACGCAACGCUUUGGUGUUGGAUUGACGGUCCAUGGGCACCUCUCCGUAUUUACAGCUACUACGCACCAAUUUGGAUUACCAUUCUCGCCGCACUAUGUAUCUACGUCCGCGUUGGGAUUGAGAUCUUCCGCGCUCGCAAUCAACUCAAUGGAGUAUCCCACCGAACCGACCCAUCACUACAUACAGACGCCGGAGGCAAAUCACCACUUCCUCCUCAAGGCAGCAUAACCAAUGCAUCGGAAGCCACAAACAAGGACUACGAAAGUGAGCAUGAACAGCCAAUUUUCACCGGAACCCGAACCACCGAAAUCGAAGUGACACACGGCUCGUGGGAAAAUGGAACGGCUCUCAAUACAAACACCACUCCGCGAUAUCCUCGUGCUUCAGACGUGAAUCAUUUGAGAACUCCUGCCAAAGAUCCAGAAAGCAAUUACCGUGUCACUAUUUCCGCCGUACCGAAUACAACUACAUCGAGUGGGCGAGGCGGAGCUAGGAGAAAUGCAAGUAGUUUGGAUAAGAUCAAGUGGGCCUACACGAAAGUCGCUAUGCUUUUCUGUAUUUCCAUUUUGAUAACUUGGGUUCCCGCUUCGGUGAACCGAGUAUAUGGGUUGAGAUUUCCAGAUAAACCAUCAUUCGUGUUGAAUAUAGGUUCUGCGAUUGUUCUUCCUUUGCAAGGAUUUUGGAACACCGUUAUCUAUUUCACCACUUCUCUAGGGAUCUGUCGCAGUGUAUGGGCCGAUCUCCGCGGUCCUUCCAAACAACAUAGAAAAACCGAAGGAUUUCGUAUGAUGGAUCGUCCUAUGACUGGUAUUCAUCGCGGAGGAACGAAGGAGACAGAAAGUAUGGUGGAAUUAAGCACCAGCCGAUCACAAACGAAUCGAAGUUUAAGGAGCGCGGAAGUUGAAAGUAUCUGA